GUUUGGGAAUAAUGUCGAAAUUAAAAUUAAGAGUUUAAUCAGGGAGUGAUUGUUUGGAUUGUAUUUUAAGAACUCUUUAUGUUCAGGGUCUUACUGUCGUCGCGGGAAUUUUGGUGGUUUGCUCUCCGGAUACGAUACCGAAUUUUUUCAGCUUGUGCUGUACAGUUAGAUGAUGGAUUCUUCUACAUAACCAUAGCCAAUGAGCUCUGUCAAUGUCCCUGGGACGUGGAGAUGGAUGAUUUGCAAGCAAAUCAGCUCAAUUCUGUCUCAUGCUCUUUCUGCCAGAAUCUCCCCCGUUGGCUUUUUAUAAAGAGUGAUAAAGCUAAAGCAAUUUCUGUGCUUUGCAAAAUUUAUGAAUUCCCUCGCUUAGAGGAUGAGAUUGCCUACCUUUCUUCUCAAUUGGAGGACUUACAGCAAAAGGAGGAGGUCAGUUAUUGGGAUGUUUUCAGAAGAACAGAUAUCAGACUUGCAUUUCUGGCCAAUGUCAGACUUCAGAAGGUUAUCCUUGAAAAUUGAAGAGCAUUAUCAAUAGUGUUUGGAAAAGGAUGAGAACGUUUUUAGUAUUUCCCUCUUUGCUUAGUUUGGUGUUUCGGCAAUUCAUCGGUAUCAAUGCAGUUAGUGCCACAGCUCAAAAUUGUCCACAUGGCUGGCUUCCUUCCCUACUGGUUGGCACUUCUACGUUCCCUCAUAUUAGCUGCCAGCCUGCCACAAAUGCCACAGGAAGAGCCUUGGCAUUUACCUGAUCGACCAUGUAGGACAAAGGAAGUUAGCACUCACAAUUUUAUUCGGUGUAGUCAUAUCUCUUCUCAUCCUCUCUUUGGCAUUCUUUGUUGAAUCAUCAGGAGGGACUGGUACAGCAUUCUUAGUUCUUACCAGUGUGGCUGCGAUUGCAUUUUUUUUCUAUUUGUGAUUGCCUUUUUGCCUGAGACCAGGGGCUUGACAUUUGAGGAAGUGGAGGCUAUUUGGUAAGAGAAAGCUUGGGGCAAUGGUUCCAACGCUCGAAAACCUGCUUGAGUAGGAAACGAGUCUCAGGGAGUGUGGUAAUUCUUGCUAGUUUGAAAAUUUCUAGCAGUUACAACUUGUACGAUAUCUAUCUGCAUGUUCUAUUAAGAAUUCAAUAUAUUAAAACUAUUAAAGGCUCAAAUGUUGCUUUUAA